AUGACUUAGAACAACGCAUUAACGCGCCUUCUUCUUUGACAUUAUAUAUAUAUAUUCAUUCAUAGAUCUACAUUUCUCAAUUCUCAAUUCUCAAUUUCCAUGGCUAAUACAGAAGAAUCGAGUCCCCUUCUUGGAAAUCCACCUUCGCUACAGGAAGAAGAUGACAAGAAAACCUCCAUAGAAUCUCCACUCCCUGUACCGUCGCAGAAACAACUAGCUCCUCCUCCUCCGGCUGCUUCCAUCGGUUAUCCCGCCGACGGACUUCCACUAGGAUAUGACGGCGUCAUAACCGAACCGAUCCGUCGUAAUCAAUGGAAUUCCAGUCUAUUCAAUUGCCUUGGCCGAAACGACGAAUUCUGUAGCAGCGAUCUCGAAGUUUGUCUGCUUGGAGCUGUAGCACCAUGUGUACUCUAUGGAAGCAAUGUAGAGAGACUCAAUUCUACUCCAGGAACAUUCACAAAUCAUUGCAUGCCCUACUCUGUUUUAUACGUUCUCGGGACAGCAAUUUUUGGUGGAAAUCUAUUGGCUCGUUGGUUUUCUUAUCCUAGCCGAACAGCAAUUCGAAGGAAGUUCAAUCUCGAAGGGAACUUCGAAUCGGUUGUGAGUUCGUGUGGAUGCUGUGGGAGCGUUGUGGAGGAUGAUGUGCAACGCGAGCAGUGGGAAAUGGCUUGCGAUUUCGCGACUCAUGUGUUCUGUCAUGCGUGUGCUCUUUGUCAGGAAGGUCGUGAAGUUCGUCGUAGGGUUCCUCAUCCAGGUUUGAAUUUGAAACCGAUCUUGGUUAUGAUUCCUCCUUGUGAACAGUUUAUGAGUGGUCGUGAGAAGGUUUGAAUUUGGUGUUUUUUCCUGUUUUCAAAUAAUUUGCAGUUUCUUGUAUAAUAUGGAUAUUUACUCUCUAUUGUGUGUAUUAUAUUUGUACCAAAACUUAUUCACUGUUUAUGAUCAUUAAUAUUUGCUUUUUA